AUUGUGCCUAAAUAGUAUAAGGGAUGCAAAUUGCCAGAUAAUAAGAGAAAACAUAAAGCAUGCUCUAGGAAUUGUUUUUCCAACUGUGAAUUUGGAGGAAAAUGAUAAUCAUUUUAUAUGUAAAGUAUGUUACGAGAAAUUAUUUGCCGCUUUUAACUUUAAAUCAAUAUGUAUGGAUACGGAGGACAUUAUUUUUCUUCAUAUUAAUGCCAGUAAAGUAUCAGUGGUGAUUUAAAAGAAGUUUAUAUAAAAGAGAAGGGAUAUAUUCAGUUAACUGAUGUAGGGGAAAAUCGGAGAAUUUGUCGAUUAUGUUUUCAGUUCGUAACAUAUGGAUCUGUAUCACUAAAUGAAGUGAAUGUUGACAUCUUGGAUACAUAUAUACCACAACUUAAUAUCAGUGCUACCAGUGACCCUAUUAUAUGCAGACCUUGUUUUGAUUCGCUUCGUACACAUGGCGGUUUUUUAAAGGAAUGCCUUAGUGCACAGGGAAACUACGAAAGUGCUGGUAAUGAGUCUGUUAUUAAAUCUGAAGAGACUAAAAUAAAACUGGAAGAUGAUCAGGAUGGGCAGGAGGAAUAUGAAUGUCUUGAUAUUCCGGCUUAUAUCAAAUCUGAGGAGAUUGAAAUAAAGGGAGAGGAAGAUGGUCGGGAUGGUGUUCCUUCUUCGUAUGACUUAGGCGCUGAAAACAAGAAGGGACACAUUUCAGAAUAUGUAGGAGUAAUAAGGGAAGAAUAUAAAUGUAACACAGGACUUAACAAAAACUACAAAAUGUUGAUGUUAGUUGACAACAUCCAGAUACCCAAAUACGAAACGUCUAGACUUCAGAAAUGUGAACCUUUGAUAGGUACACAAUCGUACCAAUGUGAUAAAUAUAAACAUGAAACUAACCUUAAAGCAAAUCUGAAGAGGCAUCAGUUAAUACAUGAAAACCCUUCAGAAGUGAAAAAGUACAAGUGCGAGAUCUGUAAUUUUGAAACUGAACAUCAGAUCCAUUUGAAGCGGCAUCACAAACAGCAUAAAGACCCUUUGGAAAUCCAAAUGUGGAAGUGUGAUACAUGUAGUUUUGAAACUAAGUAUAAAAAAUAUCUGAAGAUACAUCAGUUAAUGCACAAAGAUUCUUCAGAAAUCCAUAUGUACAAGUGUGAUACUUGUACGUAUGAAACUAAAUAUAAGAACCAUCUAAGUAAGCAUCACUUAACACACAAAGACCCUUCUGAAAUCGAAAUGUACAAGUGUGAUACGUGUAGUUUUGAGACUAAGUUUAAAAGAAGUCUUAAAUCGCAUCAAUUAACACACAAAGAUUCUUCAGAAAUCCAAAUGUACAAAUGUGAUACUUGUACUUAUGAAGCUAAACAGAAGAGUGACCUAAAUAAACAUAAAUUCUUACACAAAGAUUCUUCAGAAAUCCAAAUGUACAAAUGUGAUACAUGCUCCUAUGAAGCUAAAUAUAAGAGAUAUCUAAAAGAGCAUCAGUUAACGCACAAAGACCCUUCUGAAAUCAAAAUGUACAAGUGUGAUACGUGUAGUUAUGAAACUAAACGAAAGACUCAUUUGAAAACACAUCAGUUGGUGCAUAAAGAUUCUACAGAGAUCAAAGUGUACAAGUGUGAUCAGUGUAGUUAUGAAACUCAUUUUAAAAACUAUUUAAAAAUACAUCAAUUAAAACACAAAGAUCCUUCAGAAAUCCAAAUGUAUAAGUGUGAUGUGUGUAGUUAUGAAACUAAGCAUAAGAGUUAUUUGAAAAGACAUCAGUUAAUGCACAAAGACCCUUCAGAAAUCCAAAUGUACAAGUGUGAUACAUGUAAUUAUGAAACUAAAUGUAAGGGUCAUCUAAAAGCACAUCUGUUAAUACACAAAGAUUCUUCAGAGAUCCAAGUGUACAAGUGUGAUCAGUGUAAUUAUGAAACUCAUUUGAAAAGCAGUUUAAAAAAGCAUCAAUUAAUACAUAAAGAUAUAUCAGAAAUCCAAAUGUACAAAUGUGAUAUGUGUAGUUUUGAAACUAAAUAUAAGAGCUGCCUGAAGAUGCAUCAGUUAAAGCACAAAAAUUCUUCAGAAAUCCAAAUGUACAAAUGCGAUACUUGUACUUUUGAAACUAAGUAUAAGAUCAGUCUAAAUAAGCAUCAGUUAAUUCAUAAAAUUUAAAUACGCAGGUGUAAUAUGUGUAGUUAUGAGACUAAAAUAAAAAUCAUCUGAAAGUACAUCAGUUAGUCUGCAGAAAUCAAGUGUAGAACUGUUGUAGGUGUAGUUAUGAAACUAAUUUUAAAAGUAUUUUAAAAACGAUAAAAAGAUUUGUAAGAAAUUUAUAUACAUAUCGAUGCUUUUCAAAUAGUAUCAUAUUCAACUUGGUUUCUUUAAAAAAAAAUAAAUGCUUUAGAGGCUU